CAUAAUAUCAAACUUUUUCUCAUUACAUAAACAAUUAAUUACAUUUAAUUUAUCUCAUAAUAGAAUUAGAAAUCUACCUAAUAUUUCUAUCGGAACAGAAACUAUGAAAGACUUGGAUUUAAGUUCUAACAAACUAAAUAACAUCACGUUAACAUUUUUUGAAAAUAUGCCUAAUCUUAUUAAUUUAGAUCUUGCUAAUAAUAAUAUAAGUAAAGUAUAUUCUGGUUAUUUUCGAAAAUUGAAUUCGUUAAGAUAUCUGAACGUUUCACAUAAUAACAUUAUGUUCUUGGAAAUAUCAAGUUUUUCCGGUUUAAGUCACCUAGAAACGCUGGAUAUGAGUUCCAAUAAAUUAAUUUCACUGCCUGAUAAUAUAUUUCACAAUACUGGUAGUCUAGUUAACUUAUACAUAAGAAAUAAUAGUCUGACAAUGUUAGAACCUGAGGAUUUAUUUCAUUCAACGCAUUUAAAAAAAAUAGAUAUCGAUCAAAAUGUUAUGACUUGUAACAUGAUUGCUCAUAUACUGAAAAGUUUUAAUAAGUUGAAAGUAACCGUGAUUCACGGUAGUUCUUUUGGAAAUAUUAGUCUAAAUGGUAUUAACUGUAUGUACGACCAAGAAGUUAUAAUAUCAAAUUCGGACAAUGAAAAUGAAAUUGUAAAAAAAGUUUAUGCUGACUUUAAGAAAUCCGAUUUGUUUAAUUUUUUUAAAAAUCUUGAUUCGUCUGCUAUAAAGGAUAUUCCUGUCGCACUUCGAGAUAUUGCCAGAAGCAAGAAGCAAGAAAACAAUAAUUUGUUCGCCGUUUCCAAUCUGUACAAUCCAAUACAGAACCUCCAGGUAAAAGAAGAAAAACUAAAUAAUAAAAUAAUGUUUACCAAUGUGCUAUUAGGAUGCUUCCUUAUAUGCUUUGUUAUGCAACUUAUAUUUAAAUGUUAUAUAUAUUGGAAACCCAACCAACAGCAACAUCAGGAACACAACGAAUUGUAUGAUUUGAAUUAAUUAUAUAUAAUACUAUAUUUGUCAUUUUUUUGUAUCUAUAUAUAUAUAGAUGUUUAUAUUGUAAUUGUAAUCAUAGUUUCAAAUGUUAUCCAG